AUGAAGUUUUUCCUCACUGUUUCACUUAUUGUGGCCUUCAUGGCUAUGGUUUGUGCUGAUGAACUAAACGACGAAAAAGGAGCAUUCACGCAAUGCCACAAAGAUCUCUACAGCUGCUACAAACAGGAAACCAACACCGCAAAGGAAUGCUUGGUGAAAUACAAAGAUUGUAUGGCCGCGCUUAUACCUACUAUGCCUUACUUUAUGACCUUAUGUAAAAAAGACCUGACCUUUUGCACAAGCCAUGCACAAGGCAUAAAAGCGAAGGCUGACUGUUAUAUUGAAUACGGCAAAUGUUUAAAGAAUGGAGGUCCUACCCCUGUCACCUAUUCCCCUUCCCACCAUGCAAUGGACGACAGCAGUACCGGUCAGUUUACGGAUUGUCAUAAAGAACUGUAUAACUGCUACAAAGCUGAAAACAGCAGCGCAAAGGAAUGUUUGAUCAAAUACAAAGACUGCAUGGCAGCUCUAGUCCCUACAAUGCCGUAUUAUGUGACUCUGUGUAACAAAGACCUAAGUUGGUGUGUUAGCCACGCUAACGGAAUUAAAGCACAAGCUGUCUGUUUCUAUGACUACGGCAAAUGUUUGAAGGAUGGGGGACCUACUCCUGUGACUUAUGCCCCUGAGAAACGUAUGCCUCCAACUCUGGCUCCAACUCAUGGUCCAUUGGCGCAAUGCCAAAUCGACCUGUAUAACUGUAAUAACAACCCAGAUAAGACUGUUAUGGAAUGUCUGGUAGACUACAAGGAUUGCAUGGCUCAGCUCAUUCCACCCUAUGUGGCAACAUGCAAGAAAGAGGCCGAUAAAUGUUACGAAAAUGCCACAGGGCUUAAGGACAAAGCAAAGUGUGCCAUUGACUUCAGUGUGUGUUUGUCAAAUGGUGGGCCAACACAGGCUGCCUAAGAAUUUAUUGUUGUAUUCUCGGUAUGUAACGUAUUUGUCAAAACCUGAACAAAUAAAGA